AUGUGGUCUACCUGGCAGUGGCACGGUCUGUGUAAACAAAUAUGUGAGAAUGUACCAGAUCGUUCUCGCGUGGCUCCGUCUAACAGUGCACAGGCGGCGGUACUGCCAUAUCAUUUCAACAGAUCAAUCUCCAGCACUAAGGAAGAAUUCGACUUCAAGAACACCACAGUAGAAAAUGCCCCUACUUUCUCUCUCCUGAGCAAUGCCAGUUUCGUUGUCUUUGACCGGGAGCGUGCGGUUCAUGAAGCCCCCAUCUAUGCGCCAGAGCAAAAUCUCCUGUUUCUUUCCCAGCUCGCACCACCAACGGGUGUGUUACCACAGCUUGUCGUCAAUUUGAACGACGACCCACCAACACUCAGCGAAUACCUACCCAAUCCUCCUAUCUAUGCACCUAAUGGAGGCACUUUUUGGAAUGGCAAAUUGCUGUUCGGUGCAAGUGGAGGUGCUAACGAUAUUGAGGGUAGUGAGCAAAGAGUUUCAAUUCGCACAGUCGAUCCUGCAACCAAUGAGUCAACCGUGCUGCUCAAUAACUACUAUGGCUUUUACUUCAAUAAUAUUGAUGAUUUGGCAGUCCACCCAGUCACAAAGGAUAUCUUCUUCACAGAUCCCACUUACAGCUGGUUCAACGCGUUGACUGACACAGCUCCACAACUUCCUACGGCAAGCUAUCGUUUCAAUCCAGAGACGGGCGCGGUCUUCGUGAUUGACGACACGCUGAAGCAACCAAAUGGUAUUGCUUUCUCACCUGAUGGAAGUACUCUGUACAUCUCAGACACCGGAGCUGUCAACGGUCUAAUCGACCCUAAGCUUGGCUCUCAAGGUGUGACGUUCAACACUACGGGCCCACGGUUCAUCUAUGCCUGGGACGUAGCGAACAAUGGCACCAAGAUAUUCAAUAAACGUGCUUUUUACCUUGCACAAGAUUGGGUUCCUGAUGGAGUCAAGGUCAGCCAAGAAGGUCUUGUGCUUACUGGUUCUGGUCUUGGUGUUGAUGUACUCGAUGACGUUGGCCAAUUGCUCAUCCGUAUCCAGACAAAUUACACUGUUCAGAAUUUUGCUUGGACGGGAGAAAAUCUGACGACUCUUUGGCUUAUGGGUAACAAUGGAAUUAGCAAGGUUGAGUGGAAUAUCCAAGGUCAGACAUUGACCUGA